GCGGAAGUGCAGCGCGACACAUUGCGCCCAGAACUCAAAAGUAUAUCACACCUUCUCGGGUUCUAUUGCAGUAGAUAUUGUAUACGAUCGAGGCCCAUAUAGUAUUUCAGACGGACUAUGCCAUUGUGCAUCAUACAUAAUCCGUCUAAAACCAGUCAGUUAUUGCGCUCGUCGCACAUAUAGGAUCUUCAAACUUAUAUGAUAUAGGAAUACACAAAAUUACAAGAGUAAGAUGCCACCACAAAUCGAUAGCGAUUCAAUGCCUGGCGGUGCUAUUGAACUGGCACCGUCGGUCGUUGUUCGUGCCCCCAAAUUGGGCAAGAAAGAACAAGCAAAUGCUAGAAGUAAUGUGACUAUGACUGAGAUGAAGAAUGUGGGAUUGACGGAUACGAUACGGAAUGUCCGAGAUACACGUAGCAUUACAGGCGAAGAAUUCAAUACGCUCUCGCUGUGGCUUUUUAUUUGUAGUUUUGUAUUCAACGGUGCAGUCUGUGGCGUGAUGUUCUAUUUCUUUAGCUUCAACUCACACUUCGCCGAUGACGACAACACAAUAGUCUUAUAUGUCACGUUAGGUGUUCUAUGCCUCGUACUACUCGAAGUAGCGCUCACAGCGGGUUAUUGCCUGAUCAGGAGGAAUGCACCACUGUUGAAAUGCCGAGUACGAACUCACAUGUUUAUUAAUUUCCUGAUGAUGGUGAUCGUAGUUCUGGUCGCAUUUCCUAUUUCGGUGGACGAUCUAGGUAUUGCAAAUUUGCCGGAGCCAGUGAGAAUAGCGUUGUUGGGAACACAGUCUUUAGCCGUUUCUAUUGCGGUAGCGUCGCAGGUCGCACGACAACGAUUGAUCUACGUGCUUUUCGGAAUUGGCAGCCGUAUCAACCAGACAGAACCUAAGUGGGCCUACGGGAUCACUCUGAUUUUCCUCUGUUCAACUAGUAUACUAACAAUGAUACCGUUUGUAUUCCUCUACAAAUUCGAGGAUGGACGUUAUCGUGAUUGGUCUGAGUUACCGAUCACAAUUUUGAGCAUACUGUAUGUCUGCUUAUUACUCGUGUACACAUACUUGACUCAUUCCAGCCAGGGUGUCAAUGAGUCGUAUAGUGACUGGCGGAGUAAUGUGCGCGUUGGCCUUGUGCUGACGAUGGCCAUACUUUUUAGCUGCGCUGCCAAACAUGGAUUCACCAGGGCGUUCAAGGAGAGCAAUUUUCUGCUGCUACCGACAUAUGUUGCGCUUUUCACUGUCGCUGUGGUGAUCUUGGAUAUCUUCGGUACUGUUGCUUUAAUUACUGCCAUGGGUUAUGAGCUGAAGGGACGACUUGAUCCGCAACGAACAAAAUUCUCAUCCUCGCACCAUGCCUUACCAGAGGACAAAGAUAGGAGAAAAAGUAGGGGCGAAAUUAGCAUGUAUAGUGAGCACAAGCUGAACACAGUUCCCAAUCGUCUUCUCUGUGACUCGUUGCAAAUUGAUCCGAAGGUGAUGCGAUGUUCCGACGAAAAUACGAUAGACCUAAUGCAAAUGUCUGCAGAUGUCGCACGGAUCUAGAAUAUGAGCGAUUACCUUACAAUGUGGAUUUGUACAACAUAAACUGCGUGGAUACGUGUAGGAUUCCUCUACGCACAGUAGCAAUAAGGAUAAAUAGCGAGCUACCGAAAAAUUAGAUAAAAUUAGUCAGAG